AUGUCCCAGGAGACCCUGACCAACGCAUUGAACCAUGUUGCAGUAUACCUGGAUGCUAAAAAGCAACAAAUCACAAUCUUUGCUAUAGGUGGGGUGGUAAACACGCUGUUCCUCGAAAAUCGGAUGCAUACUCGUGAUGUCGAUUUCUUUAACGACGACCUUACUGCUCAGGAGACGGCAUAUAUUCUUCGAGCCACAAAGUCUGCAAUGAAAAGGAAUCGAGCACUGGAGCCCGAAUGGCUGAAUAACCACAUAGUUCUCUUCAUCCCCGCCGAAACUCGCACCAUUCUCACAGCACAGGCAUUUGCUCAAGACGAGACCGUUUAUACCUCAGCUGGACUCCGGCUCAUCGCAGCCCCAUAG